AUGUAUUUGCUAGUCAGACAAAUCCGUGCAUUAGAGGCGGUUUCUCCUCGCACUGUCAGUGGCUUUCAGGGGAGCUUGAGAGGAUAUGAUUUAUUUAAAAAGCCAAUCAGGACCAUGGAGCAUUUGCAGAAGCAAGAGGGUGCGGUGAAUUCUGAAUCCUGCUAUUACUACUGUGCCGUGUGUGACUACUCCUCCAAGAUCAAGUUAAACCUGGUCCAACACGUUCGGUCGGUGAAGCAUCAGCAGACCGAAGGGCUGCGAAAGCUCCAGCUGCACCAACAAGGCCUGCCGUCAGAGGAGGACAACCUCAGCGAGAUCUUUUUUGUGAAAGACUGUCCAGCGAAUGAGCUUGAAACUUCCUCUUUGGGAGCCAGGACGGGUGAGGAAGAGCUUACAGAGCAGCAGUUGAGGGCAACCUCAGAAGAUCAUAGUGAAGAGGCAGGAGGAGUUCUGAAGCCUACCGAAGUGACUGAGGAUAACGAGACGGAGACACAGAGGGACAACAGCGAAGGCAAGAACUCCAAGAAAGACCCUGGAGUAAUCACCCCAGAGAAGGAGCUGAAAGUCAACGUGUCAGGGGGCACACAGCCACUCCUGCUGGCAAAAGAAGAAGAUGCAGGAACAAAAAGGUCAAAACCUACAGAGGACAAUAAAUUUUGUCACGAACAGUUCUACCAGUGUCCUUAUUGUAACUACAAUAGUAGGGACCAAAGUCGGAUCCAGAUGCAUGUCCUGUCACAGCACUCUGUACAGCCAGUCAUCUGCUGUCCCCUCUGCCAGGAUGUCCUCAGCAACAAAAUGCACCUCCAGCUGCAUCUGACCCAUUUGCACAGUGUGUCUCCCGACUGUGUGGAGAAACUGCUUAUGACAGUGCCUGUCCCUGAUGUAAUGAUGCCAAACAGUAUGUUACUGCCAGCAGCUGCCCCCGAGAAGUCAGAGCGGGACACGCCUGCACUCAUGUCAGCGGAGGGGUCUGGAAAAUACUCAGGUGAAAGCCCAGUGGAUGACAAAAGUAUAGCAGGUCUUGAAGAGUCAAAGGCAAGUGUGGAAAUAAAGAGCGAGGAGCAGAAACCAGCAAAGGAGUCCUUGGAGGCCUCAGAAUGGAAUAAAAACAGCAGUAAGGACGUGAAAAUCUCAGACCCUCUGCACGAUCAACUGAGCGAGCAACCCAAACGGCAGCCCUUAUCAGUUUCUGACCGCCAUGUUUAUAAGUAUCGUUGUAAUCAUUGUAGCUUGGCUUUUAAAACUAUGCAGAAGCUUCAGAUACAUUCCCAGUAUCAUGCAAUUCGGGCCGCCACAAUGUGUAACCUCUGCCAGCGGAGUUUCCGUACAUUCCAGGCUUUGAAGAAACACUUGGAAGCGGGCCACCCGGAACUGAGCGAAGCUGAACUCCAGCAGCUGUAUGCCUCCUUGCCAAUGAACGGUGAGCUCUGGGCCGAGAGUGAAACGAUGCCCCAGGAUGACCAUGGCCUAGAUCAGGAAAUGGAGAGAGAGUAUGAAGUGGACCACGAAGGGAAGGCGAGUCCUGUAGGAAGUGACAGUAGCUCUAUUCCAGAUGACCUGGGCUCUGAACCAAAGCGGACCUUACCUUUUAGAAAAGGACCCAAUUUUACCAUGGAAAAAUUCCUCGAUCCAUCUCGUCCUUACAAAUGUACAGUGUGUAAAGAGUCAUUCACCCAAAAGAACAUUCUCUUGGUCCAUUAUAACUCGGUGUCUCACUUGCAUAAAUUGAAAAAGGUUCUGCAAGAAGCCUCCAGUCCUGUCCCCCAGGAAACCAACAGCAGCACAGAUAACAAGCCGUACAAGUGCAGCAUCUGCAGUGUUGCGUACAGCCAAAGCUCGACCUUAGAGAUCCACAUGAGGUCCGUGCUCCACCAGACCAAGGCUAGGGCUGCAAAGCUGGAGCCAAGUGGGCACCUAACUGGUGGGCACAGCAUCACAGCCAAUGUGAACAGCCCUGGCCAAGGGAUGUUAGAUUCCAUGAGCUUAGCUUCAGUCAACAGCAAAGAUACCCACUUAGAUGCCAAAGAAUUAAAUAAGAAGCAAACUCCCGAACUAAUCUCUGCUCCGCCUACCCAUCAUCCACCACCGCGGUCACCAGCACAAAUCCAGAUGCAACUUCAGCACGAGUUGCAGCAGCAGGCUGCGUUCUUCCAGCCACAGUUCCUAAACCCAGCUUUCUUGCCUCAUUUCCCAAUGACCCCAGAGGCACUGCUCCAAUUUCAGCAACCCCAGUUUCUCUUUCCAUUCUACAUACCUGGGGCAGAGUUUAGCUUGGGGCCAGAUCUGGGCUUACCUAGCUCCGCCACGUUUGGGAUGCCAGGUAUGACAGGAAUGGCUGGUUCCUUGCUCGAAGAUCUGAAGCAACAGAUUCAAACGCAUCACGUUGGCCAAACGCAACUUCAACUUCUACAACAACAAGCACAGCAAUACCAGGCUGCACAGCCCCAGCUGCCGCCGCAAAAUCAACAGCCGCCCCCACCACAGCAGCUGCCGCCGCAACAGCAAACGAGCAAACUGUUGAAACAAGAGCAAGGUAGCCUGGCAAGCACAGACUGCCAGCUCAUGAAGGACAUGCCAGCUUACAAGGAGGUGGAAGAGGUGACCGAAAAGCAAGAAAAACCAAAGCCAGAAUUUACAAGUGAUAGCGACGGACUCAAAGACAGCAAAGACACAAAGAAGCAAAAAUCCUUAGAACCCUGUAUUCCUCCACCCCGAAUCGCCUCAGGGGCCAGGGGAAAUGCAGCCAAAGCUUUACUGGAGAACUUCGGGUUCGAAUUGGUUAUUCAGUAUAAUGAGAACAGGCAGAAGGUCCAGAAGAAGGGCAAAAUUGGAGAAGGCGAAAACUCUGACAAGCUGGAGUGUGGAACGUGUGGUAAAUUGUUCUCGAAUGUUCUUAUUUUAAAGAGUCACCAAGAACAUGUGCAUGGGCAAUUUUUCCCAUAUGGAGCACUAGAGAAAUUUGCUCGCCAAUACAGGGAGGCCUAUGACAAGCUUUAUCCAAUUUCUCCUUCCUCCCCAGAAACGCCACCGCCUCCUCCUCCUCCACCUCCUCCCAUGCCACCCGCACCCCCACAGCCUUCAACUCUGGUGCCCGUGAAAAUCCCAAAUGCAGUCUCGGCCCCUCUGCAAGCUCCACCACCUACUCCUCCACCACCUCCACCUCCUCCUCCUCCACCGCCUCCUCCGCCUCCUCCCCCGACUGCACCCCCACAGGUCCAACUGCCUGUUUCUCUUGAUCUCCCCCUCUUUCCCUCGAUUAUGAUGCAGCCGGUCCAGCACCCUGCACUUCCCCCUCAGCUCGCCCUGCAGCUGCCACAGAUGGAGACCCUCUCUGCUGAUCUCACUCAGCUUUGCCAACAGCAGCUAGGGCUCGAUCCCAGCUUCUUAAGACACUCCCAAUUCAAACGGCCACGGACCCGGAUUACGGAUGAUCAACUCAAAAUCCUGAGAGCUUAUUUUGACAUCAAUAAUUCUCCAAGUGAAGAACAAAUCCAAGAAAUGGCAGAGAAAUCUGGCCUCUCCCAAAAGGUCAUCAAGCACUGGUUUCGCAAUACACUCUUUAAAGAGAGACAGAGAAAUAAGGACUCUCCAUACAACUUCAGUAACCCUCCUAUAACUGUUUUAGAAGAUAUCAGAAUUGAACCACAACCCACGUCUUUGGAACAUUACAAAUCAGACGCCUCAUUCAGCAAAAGGUCAUCCAGAACAAGGUUUACGGACUACCAGCUUAGGGUUCUGCAAGACUUUUUUGACACAAAUGCUUACCCAAAAGAUGAUGAAAUAGAACAGCUAUCUACUGUUCUCAACCUCCCCACCCGGGUUAUUGUUGUAUGGUUCCAGAACGCUCGUCAAAAAGCACGGAAGAGCUAUGAGAACCAAGCAGAAGCUAAAGAUAAUGAAAAAAGAGAACUCACCAACGAGCGGUAUAUCAGAACAAGCAACAUGCAGUACCAGUGUAAAAAGUGCAAUGUGGUUUUUCCCAGAAUCUUUGACUUGAUCACACAUCAGAAAAAGCAGUGUUAUAAGGAUGAAGAUGAUGAUGCCCAAGAUGAAAGCCAAACAGAAGACUCCAUGGAUGCUACUGACCAAGUGGUAUAUAAGCAUUGCACUGCAUCUGGACAAACAGAUACAGCCAAAAACAUUGCAGCCCCCACCGCCAGUUCAGGCUCUGGGGCUAGCACACCCCUGAUUCCAUCGCCCAAGCCAGAACCUGAGAAGAGUUCUCCAAAACCUGAGUAUCCUGCAGAAAAAACAAAGCAGACCGAUCCCUCUCCUCCUUCUCAAGUCACCAAGUCAGCUCCCCCAUCAGUACCGACUUCUUCAGAACCACAACAGACACCCAUAUCUCAGCCCCCACCACAGCCACAGAAACAAACCCAACUGAUCGGAAGACCUCCCUCGGCUUCUCAAACUCCAAUCCCUUCCAGUCCACUGCAAAUUUCCAUGACUUCUCUUCAGAACACACUACCUCCGCAGUUACUCCAGUACCCAUGUGAUCAAUGUACCAUUGCCUUCCCAACCCUGGAACUUUGGAAGGAACACCAACACAUGCACUUCCUCGCUGCUCAAAACCAAUUCCUCCACUCUCCUUUCUUGGAAAGGCCCAUGGACAUGCCCUACAUGAUAUUUGACCCCAACAAUCCGCUGAUGACCGGACAGCUGCUGGGGAGCUCUCUCACCCAAAUGCCACCACAGACUAGUACUUCCCACACCGCAGCCCCCGCCAGUGUUGCUGCUUCCCUUAAAAGGAAAUUGGACGAUAAGGAAGACAAUAAUUGCAGUGAAAAGGAGGGUGGAAAUAGCGGCGAAGACCAACACCGCGAUAAACGCUUGAGAACCACCAUCACUCCGGAGCAGCUCGAAAUUCUCUACGAAAAGUACUUGCUGGAUUCCAACCCUACCCGAAAAAUGCUUGAUCACAUUGCACGAGAAGUGGGGCUGAAGAAGAGAGUGGUCCAAGUCUGGUUUCAGAACACGCGUGCUCGAGAAAGGAAAGGGCAGUUCCGGGCGGUGGGUCCUGCCCAGUCCCAUAAACGGUGCCCAUUCUGCAGAGCUCUAUUUAAAGCAAAGUCAGCCUUAGAAAGCCACAUUCGCUCUCGCCACUGGAACGAAGGGAAGCAGGCAGGUUACAGCUUGCCACCAAGCCCUUUAAUAUCCACAGAGGAUGGGGGAGAAAGCCCACAGAAAUACAUUUAUUUUGAUUACCCAUCUUUGCCAUUAACUAAAAUCGAUCUAUCUAGUGAGAAUGAAUUGGCCUCAACAGUGUCAACGCCUGUUAGUAAAACAGCAGAGCUGUCUCCGAAGAAUCUUUUAAGUCCUUCUUCUUUCAAAGUGGAAUGUCCUGAGGAUGUCGAGAAUUUAAAUGCCCCUUCAGCUGAGGCUGGGUAUGAUCAGAAUAAAACCGACUUUGAUGAGACAUCGUCCAUUAAUACGGCUAUUAGUGAUGCCACCACAGGAGAUGAAGGGGCAGCAGAAAUGGAAAACCCAGGAGGAUCUGCCGAGGUGAAACCUGCUUUGUCUCCGAAAGAAACCAAAACUCUCGACUCUUUGCCAAAAGCAGCAACCACACCCACCACUGAGGUCUGUGAUGACAAAUUUCUCUUUUCUCUCACCAGUCCAUCAAUCCAUUUCAGUGACAAAGAAGGUGACCAUGACCAAAGCUUUUACAUCACCGACGACCCUGAUGACAAUGCUGACCGCAGUGAAACGUCUAGUAUAGCUGACCCCAGCUCACCAAAUCCAUUUGGGUCUAGCAACCCCUUUAAAUCCAAAAGCAGUGAUCGACCAGGUCACAAGCGCUUUAGAACCCAGAUGAGCAAUCUUCAACUCAAGGUCCUCAAGGCUUGCUUCAGCGACUAUCGGACGCCAACCAUGCAAGAAUGUGAAAUGCUGGGAAAUGAGAUAGGUCUGCCCAAACGCGUCGUGCAGGUGUGGUUUCAGAAUGCCAGGGCAAAGGAAAAGAAGUUUAAAAUCAACAUAGGAAAGCCUUUCAUGAUCAAUCAAAGUGGAACGGAAGGCACCAAACCGGAGUGUACCCUCUGCGGUGUGAAGUACUCUGCCCGCUUGUCUAUUCGAGACCAUAUUUUUUCCAAACAGCACAUUUCCAAAGUGAGGGAGACCGUGGGCAGUCAGCUUGAUCGGGAGAAAGAUUACCUAGCUCCUACCACCGUUCGACAGCUAAUGGCCCAGCAAGAACUAGACCGUAUAAAGAAAGCUUCCGACGUGCUGGGCUUAACAGUCCAGCAGGCAGGCAUCACAGAUAGCUGCUCCCUCCAUGGGAUCAGCUUGCCGGCAGCCUACCCUGGACUCCCCGGCCUUCCUCCAGUCAUUCUUCCUGGAAUGAAUGGUCCUUCCUCCUUGCCUGGAUUCCCUCAAAACUCAAACACUUUAACACCUCCUGGCGCAGGCAUGCUUGGGUUUCCUAGUUCAGCUACUUCGUCUCCUGCCCUGUCUCUCAGCAGUGCCCCCACCAAAUCUUUGCUGCAGACUCCACCACCGCCGCCACCACCACCUCCUCCUCCUCCUUCAUCCUCUCUGUCAGGACAGCAGGCCGAGCCACAGAACAAAGAAUCUGAGAAAAAACAAAGUAAGCCAAAUAAGGUCAAAAAAAUCAAAGAGGAGGAAUCGGAUGCCAUUAAACCGGAAAAGCAUCCUAAAAAAGAGGAAAAAAUCUCAUCUGCUCUUUCAGUGUUGGGCAAAGUGGUAGGGGAAACACACAUGGACCCUACCCAGCUGCAGGCCUUGCAGAAUGCCAUUGCUGGCGACCCAGCAUCCUUCAUAGGAGGACAGUUCUUGCCAUACUUUAUUCCUGGGUUUGCUUCCUAUUUUACACCUCAGCUCCCUGGAACAGUGCAGGGAGGCUACUUGCCACCCGUCUGUGGCAUGGAGAGUCUCUUUCCCUAUGGUCCCGCAGUGCCGCAGACGCUGGCGGGGCUGUCCCCAGGGGCACUGCUACAGCAGUACCAACAGUAUCAGCAGAGCCUGCAGGACUCUCUGCAGAAACAGCAAAAGCAACAGCAAGAACAGCAGCAGAAACCAGUUCCUGUCAAGACAGCCAAAGGCGAGGGCGACCAGCCACAGACCUCCAAUGAAGCUUCGGAAACCAAGGAAGAAAAAAGUACUGCUCCCGAAAGCACAAAAGAAGAACCCCAGUUGGAAUCCAAAAGUGCAGAGUUUUCAGACACUUACAUUGUUCCAUUCGUCAAGUAUGAGUUUAUAUGCAGAAAGUGCCAGAUGAUGUUUACUGAUGAAGACGCUACGGUAAACCAUCAAAAGUCCUUCUGUUAUUUCGGUCAGCCUUUGAUUGACCCUCAAGAGACAGUGCUUCGUGUCCCAGUCAGCAAAUAUCAGUGUCUUGCGUGUGACCUGGCUCUCAGUGGGAAUGAAGCACUUAGCCAACACCUCCAGUCAAGCUUGCACAAAGAGAAAACAAUCAAACAAGCAAUGAGAAAUGCCAAAGAGCAUGUUAGAUUAUUACCUCACUCAGUCUGCUCCCCU